AUAUUGCCUUCAAAGUCGCACCUUGUAGUGGAAGAAUACAGUAAAACCUUUACUGGUAUUAAAGUUGCUUGGUGGACAUAAAAAAUCACCAUGACUAAAGUUACAUUGGUCCUUCUGGUUUUAGGACUGAUUGUCGUAGUCUCUAUUCUUCAAGCUGAGGCUCAGAAGAAGACUACAAAAGUUGAAAAAUCAGGAUGGCAGUCGACUGGUGACGGACGAAGAAGGAGACGAGUGAAAAAAACCACCACAACAACAUCAAGUGGUAGAAGGUCUGGCGGUAGAAGGUCCGGUGGUGGAAGUAGACAGUCAACUAAGACAACUAAGUCAGAAUGGCAGUCUACCGGUGAUGGUCGAAGGAGACGACGAGUUAAAAAAGUUACAACCACAAGAAAUUCUGGUAGCUCCAGAUCUGGUGGUCGGCGUAAGGGUAGAAAAGGCCGAAAGGGCCGAAAAGGUCGAAAAGGCAGAAAGGGCCGAAAGGGUCGAAAAGGAAGAAAAGCAAGGAAAGGCAGAAAAGGUAGAAAGGCUGGAAGAUCUGGAAGACGAUCCUCCAGGAACAGUUCUGUUGAGUAUGAAUACGAAUGGGAAACUUCAGGUCGAAGAUCAGGAGGAAGAAAGGGAAGGAAAGGUCGAAAAGGCAGAAAAGGCAGGAAAGGCCGAAAGGGUCGAAAAGGCAAAAAGGGACGAAAGGGUCGAAAAGGCAGAAAGGUUAGAAAAGGAAGAAAAGGUAGAAAGGCAGGAAGGUCUGGAAGACGAUCAUCAAGGAAUAGUUCUGUUGAGUAUGAAUACGAGUGGGAAACUUCAGGUCGAAGAUCAGGAGGUAGAAAGGCACGAAAAGGGCGGAAGGGUCGAAAAGGCCGAAAGGGAAGAAAGGGAGAAAGGUCGAAAAGGAAGAAAGGGCAGGAAAGGCAGGAAAGUUUCAAGGAAGAAUCGAAACUUAGUGGUCAUAUAUUAGUUGAAUAUGAGUGGGAAUAUGUAGAUGGUAAAAGAAGGAGAAACCGAAAGGGCCGUAAAGGACGAAAAGGAAGAAAGGGACGAAAAGGCAGAAAGGCUCGAAAAGGCAGAAAGGGACGAAAAGGCAGAAAAGGCAGAAAGGGAAGAAAGGCAAGGAAAGGUCGAAAAGGCAGAAAGGGUCGAAAGGGUCGAAAAGGUCGAAAAGGCAGAAAGGGACGAAAAGGCAGAAAGGGUCGAAAAGGCAGAAAAGGCAGAAAGGGGAGAAAAGUUUCCAGGAAAAAUAGAAGAUCUGGAGCUAGCCGAAGUGGAAGAAAUUCCAGCAAAUCCACAACAGUUGAAUAUGAGUGGGAAUAUGUAGAUGGUAAAAGAAGGAGAAACCGAAAAGGCAGAAAGGGCCGAAAGGCUCGAAAAGGCAGAAAGGGCCGAAAAGGCAGAAAGAGCCGAAAAGGCAGGAAGGCUCGAAAAGGCAGAAAAGGACGAAAAGGCAGGAAAGGCAGAAAGGGCCGAAAGAUAAGAAAAGGACGAAAAGGCAGGAAAGGACGAAAAGCCAGAAAGGGACGAAAGGGCAGGAAAGGACGUAAAGGUAGAAAGGGACGAAAAGGUAGAAAAGGACGACGAGUUUCAAGGAAAAAUAGAAGAUCUGGAGCCAGCCGACGAAAUGGAAGAAAUUCAUCUACAACUGUUGAAUAUGAAUGGGAAUAUGUAGAUGAUUCUGGUAGAAGAAGAGGAAAAGGUAAAGGCAGGAAAGGCCGAAAAGUUCGAAGAGGUCGAAAAGGCAGGAAAGGACGAAAAGGCAGAAAAGGACGAAAAGGCAGAAAAGGACGAAAAGCAAGAAAGGGACGAAAAGGCAGGAAAGGACGAAAAGGUCGAAAGGGACGAAAAGGUAGAAAAGGACGAAAAGGCAGAAAAGGCAGGAAAGGAAGACGAGUUUCAAGGAAAAAUAGAAGAUCCGGAGCUGGCAGACGUAAUGGUAGAAAUUCAAGUUCUACAACCUCAGUUGAAUAUGAGUGGGAAUAUGUAGAUGAUAACAGAAAAGGCAGAAAGGGUCGAAAGGGCCGAAAAGGCAGAAAGAUUAGGAAGGGAAGAAAGGGUCGAAAAGGUAGAAAAGGACGAAAACCUAGAAAGGGGAGAAAAGGCAGAAAGGGUAGAAAAGGACGAAAGCCAAGAAGGGGAAGAAAAGGAAGAAAAGGCAGAAAAGGACGAAAACCUAGAAGAGGAAGAAAAGGCAGGAAAGGCCGAAAAGGACGAAAGCCAAGAAGAGGAAGAAAAGGAAGAAAAGGACGAAAACUUAGAAAGGGCAGAAAGGGAAGAAAAGGACGAAAACCAAGAAGGGGAAGAAAAGGCAGAAAAGGACGAAAACCAAGAAAGGGAAGAAAAGGCAGAAAAGGACGAAAAGGACGAAAGGGACGAAAACCUAGAAGAGGAAGAAAAGGCAGAAAAGGACGAAAACCAAGAAAGGGUAGAAAAGGACGAAAAGGUCGAAAACCUAGAAGGGGAAGAAAAGGCAGAAAAGGACGAAAAGAACGAAAAGGUCGAAAGCCAAGAAGGGGGAGAAAAGGACGAAAAGGUAGAAAACCAAGAAGGGGCAGAAAAGGCAGAAAAGGACGAAAGCCUAGAAGAGGCAGAAAAGGACGAAAGCCAAGAAGGGGAAGAAAAGGAAGAAAAGGUCGAAAACCAAGAAGGGGCAGAAAAGGCAGAAAAGGGCGAAAGCCUAGAAGGGGAAGAAAAGGCAGAAAAGGCAGAAAAGGACGAAAGCCUAGAAGGGGAAGAAAAGGCAGAAAAGGACGAAAACCGAGAAGGGGACGAAAAGGACGAAAAGGUCGAAAGCCAAGAAGGGGGAGAAAAGGACGAAAAGGUCGAAAGCCAAGAAGGGGAAGAAAAGGAAGAAAAGGUCGAAAACCAAGAAGGGGCAUAAAAGGACGAAAGCCUAGAAGGGGAAGAAAAGGCAGAAAAGGACGAAAAGGACGAAAGCCUAGAAGGGGAAGAAAAGGCAGAAAAGGACGAAAAGGACGAAAGCCAAGAAAAGGAAGAAAAGGACGAAAAGGACGAAAGCCAAGAAGGGGAAGAAAAGGCAGAAAAGGACGAAAAGGUCGAAAGCCAAGAAGAGGAAGAAAAGGCAGAAGAGGACGAAAACCAAGAAAGGGAAGAAAAGGACGAAAAGGACGAAAAGGGCGAAAGCCACGAAGAGGAAGAAAAGGCAGAAGAGGACGAAAACCAAGAAAGGGAAGAAAAGGAAGAAAAGGACGAAAAGGACGAAAGCCAAGAAGGGGACGAAAAGGCAGAAAAGGACGAAAGCCAAGAAGAGGAAGAAAAGGCAGAAGAGGACGAAAACCAAGAAAGGGAAGAAAAGGAAGAAAAGGACGAAAAGGACGAAAGCCAAGAAGGGGAAGAAAAGGCAGAAAAGGACGAAAAGGACGAAAACCUAGAAGAGGUAGAAAAGGCAGAAAAGGACGAAAACCUAGAAGAGGAAGAAAAGGUCGAAAACCAAGAAGGGGAAGAAAAGGACGAAAACCAAGAAGGGGAAGAAAAGGCAGAAAAGGACGAAAACCUAGAAGAGGUAGAAAAGGCAGAAAAGGACGAAAACCUAGAAGAGGAAGGAAAGGUCGAAAACCAAGAAGGGGAAGAAAAGGACGAAAAGGACGAAAGCCUAGAAGGGGGCGAAAAGGACGAAAAGGAAGAAAAGGUCGUAAACCUAGAAGGGGAAGAAAGGGAAGAAAGGGGCGAAAAGGACGAAAGCCUAGAAGGGGAAGGAAAGGACGAAAAGGACGAAAGCCAAGAAGGGGAAGAAAAGGACGAAAAGGAAGAAAAGGUCGUAAACCUAGAAGGGGCAGAAAGGGACGAAAAGGUCGUAAACCUAAAAGGGGAAGAAAGGGACGAAAAGGACGAAAACCUAGAAGGGGAAGAAAGGGAAGUAAAGGACGAAAGCCCAGAAGGGGGAGAAACGGACGAAGAAACAAAAAAGCUAAGAAGGCUGUUAAAAAGGCUGCUCGUAAAGGAAAAGAAGCACGAAAGGCUAUUAGAAAGGCAAAGAAAGCCAGAAGAGAAGCACGAAAAGCUGCAAAGAAAGCUAAAAAACUUAAAGAUACCAAACGGGGUUCAAGGAAGGAACGAAAGGCAACAAGGAAAGCUGCAAGAAAAGCUAAGAAGGCAAGGAAAGCUGUCCGAAAAGCUAAAGAGGCCAUUAGAAAAGCAAGAAAGGCUGACAAAAAAGCUAAAAGAAAGAUUACCCAAGUUGUUAUUCAGGAAGCUAAGAAAGCUGAAAGAUCAUCUAACGAAAAAGCACCAACUGUGGUUGUCUCGAAACCAUCACCACCUGCUGUUAAAGUCAUUGAAUCCAAGCCUGAAGUACAGCCAGUUGUGAUUUCUCAACCCUAUGAUUCUGAUUAUGAUAUUGCUGAACACAGACAGUUGUACUCACUACUGAGCAAGAUGCAUUCUAAAGAGAUCAGUAAACUGAGAAAGAUGAGAAGAAUGAGAAGAAUCAGGAAGAAGAUUCUCAGCAGAAUUCUUCACAAGGAUGCCGACUAUGAUCACUAUUUUGGACACAGAGGAUAUGAUAGCAGAGGAUAUGGUAGUAGAUAUGGUAGUAGAGGAUACAGACAUAGUUAUCAUCACGAUGGAGCAGAUGAACCCGUUGUCUUUGAUCUCAAGAAUAACCUGAAUCUCUGUGCCUAAACUUGGACAUUCCGUAUACCCCAAUUAUAAACACAGAAUAAAUUAUAACUUAUACCCAAUUAUAGAUCCUUAUGUUGGUUUGCUAAUCUAAUGUUAAUUAAAAUGUAAGAAUUUGAUGAAAUUGGAAUAAAUAUAUUGCAUACAA